AUGAUGCAUAAUAGAUACAAGAAACUAGUCCCAAUUUGCCUAAAUCUUCAUAGCAGUAACUUGAUUCAUUCAUCAUCAACUACCAAUACUAUCAUCAACACCUUCCUCUCAAUCCGAACACUCGAAAAACCGUUACUAACGAAAUACCAUGGACAUAUAGUAACAACAGGCAAUCAUUCAACCAAUGUUUUCAUAGCAUCAAAACUUAUAUCGCUUUACGCGUAUCUAGACAGUCCCGACUCGUCUAAACUAGUUUUCGAUACGUUUAAUGGUUAUAAAGAUGUUUUUCUUUGGAACUCGAUUAUUAAAGCUUAUUUUUCAAACGGAAUGUAUUCACAUUGUCUUGAUAUUUAUAGUUCUAUGAGGGUUUUGGGUAACUUUUUGCCUAACGAAUUUACGGUUCCAAUGGUUGUUUCCGCUUGUGGGGAGAUUGGGGAUUUUGUUUACGGGUCGGGUUUGCAUUGUUUGGUUUUGAAAUGUGGGUUUGUAUUUGAAGCGGCUGGUGGUUCGUUUGUUUAUAUGUAUUCGAAAUGUGGGUGUGUGGAGAAUGCACGUAAGGUGUUUGAUGAAAUGCGUGUGAGAGACGUGGUUGCUUGGACUGCGCUUGUUAUUGGGUAUGUGCAGAAUGGUGAGUGUGAGAAUGGUUUGAAGUGUGUUUGUGAUAUGUAUAGGUUGUGUGAUCGUGGAGAGGACGAGCGGCCGAAUUUUAGAACGUUGGAAGGUGGGUUUCAGGCAUGUGGUGAUUUGGGGAAUGUGUAUGCAGGUAGGUGCUUACAUGGGGCGGCGGUGAAAUCUGGGCUUGAGCGGUCGUUAGUUGUUAAAUCUUCGAUUUUGUCAAUGUACUCUAAAUGUGGAACGGUUGAAGAAGCUUACCUGGCAUUUCGGGAAGUUCCAGUGAAGGAUGAUAUAAAAUUGUGGACAAUGAUUAUUGGCGUGUAUGGAAAAUGGGGACGUGUUAGACAAUGUAUACACAGAUUUAUGGAAAUGCUUGUUACAGGGAUAAAUCCGGACCCUUUGCUGAUUAGUUGCGUGUUAUCUGGUUUAGCUAACUCGACUUCCAUUUCUGCUGGAAAGAUAUUUCACGGGUUUCUGGUUCGAAGAAAUUAUGAUGGAGAUCAAAUGGUUCAGAUUGCAUUGGUGUCAUUGUACUUCAAGUUUGGACUUAUAAGCUAUGCGGAAAAUGUAUUCAAUAGUAGUGUGUGUGUGCGUGACAAAGAGCUUCGGAACGCGAUGGUUCAUGGCUACUUCAGAUCAGGAUCUAGAGUGAAAUGCAUACAACGGUUUACGGAAAUGUUGCAUUUAGGAAUUAAUCCCGAUUCUCACAGUUUGGUAUCAGUUGUUUCUUCAUGUUCACAAACGGGCGAGUUGCGUAUGGGGAGGUGUCUUCAUGGUUAUGCUGUAAAAAACUUAAUGGAAGAUCACGUUUCAUGGUCCAAUUCACUUAUAGACAUGUAUGCUAACAAUGGAGAAAUUACAAUAGCAAGGAAGCUUUUUUGUAGGGCAAAUAAGGAUAUUGUAACUUGGAACACAAUGAUUUCUGCUUAUACGCACUGUGGACAAUAUUCCGAGGCCUUUUCAUUGUUUUAUAAGAUGAUUUCAGAAGACGUUAAGCCUACCGUAGCUACACUAAUCAUAAUGCUUUCUGUCUGUGCCCAUAAGGCAUCAUUCGAGAAAGGAGAAGAGAUUAAAGAGAAGUAUAUAGAUGAAGAAAUGCUUUCGUCAAGUGUAACCCUUGCUACCGCAUUGAUUGAUAUGUAUGCCAAAUGUGGGAAACUUGAAAAAGCAGAAGAAAUAUUCAACAAAAUGACAAAUAAGGAUGUUAUCUCUUGGAAUGUGAUGAUUUCUGGUUAUAGUAUGCACGGAAACGCCAUGUCAGCAAUAGACACUUUCAGGCAGAUGGAGCUAUCAAAUGUUAAACCAAAUGAGCUUACUUUUCUUGCUGUACUUUCAGCAUGUAAUCAUGCAGGGCUUGUGAAUGAAGGGAAAGCGUUAUUUGGGAAAAUGGAAGAUUAUUCUGUAAUACCCACGCUCAAACACUAUACGUGUAUGGUGGAUCUUUUUGGCAGGUCAGGUUAUCUGGUUGAGGCUGAAAAUUUGGUUAAGUCAAUGCCGAUAGUUCCCGAUGGAGGUUUAUGGGGUGCUUUGUUAAGUUCGUGUAAAACCCACAAUAAUCCUGAAAUGGGCAUCAGGAUUGCAAAGCGUGCUAUCGAAUGUGACCCGCAGAAUGAUGGAUAUUAUGUAAUUAUUUCAAACUUGUAUGAUUCAAUAGGGAUGUGGGAGGAGGCUGAAAGGAUGAGAAAGUUUAUGAAGGAACGGGGCGUGGAAAAGGCUGUUGGCUGGAGUGCAGUGUGACGAAAAUCUGUCUGUACUCCUCUUUAUAGUUAAUAUUGCUCAUGAGUUUACUUAGUAACGACCAAGAAGUUGAAGAUACUAUCAAAGAACUAUCAUUAAGACAACUAUACACGUGCCCGCCCAACACACGAGGUGAACAGCUUUUUGAACUUUCAGCAAGGACAUGCGACCGAAAGGUGAUCACAUCCGACUUCGCCGACCACGGGAUGGUGUUUCUUAUAUGUUGGUGUAUGUACAUAAAGAUAGAAAUUUGUUGAUAUCAAUUGUCCUGUAGUAUAUUGUUUUA